CCUUGAAGUGACUUGCAGAGUAUGUGAGGUAGAAACGUCUUGCCUCAGGAAGUCGCAGAGAGCGCCCGCACGCACACGGCCACCGAAGAAGCCUGGCAACACAGCUGCACCCCGGCUCGGUAGUGCAAGCUCGUAUCUUGUACACUGAGCUGUGUGCAAGGGCUCACGGCCACCACUGCUGCGGAAAAGGAACACGGCAAUCAUCAUGACGACCCGUGUCAACUUCGUCACGGGCAAUGCCAACAAGCUCAGAGAGGUCAAGGCGAUCCUGGAGCCGGUCAUUCAGGUCCACAGCAGCCCACUCGACCUCGAAGAAAUUCAAGGCUCUAUCGAGGAGGUGACCGAGUCUAAAUGUCGGAGGGCGGCUGAAGCCGUAAGCGGUCCCGUGCUAGUUGAAGACACUGCGCUGUGCUUUACGGCUCUGGGCGGGUUGCCUGGUCCUUACAUUAAAUGGUUUCUAUCGGAAACUGGCCACCAAGGGCUGAACAACCUGCUCGCAGCCUAUCCAGAUAAGUCGGCAGAGGCCGUCUGCACGUUUGGCUAUUCCGCUGGCCCCGGACACAAGCCUGUCCUUUUCCAAGGGCGCUGCCCGGUAGGUGCAGCCUGAACGACAUUAGUCGAUUCCAGCCCAGCUGACAGACUCGAUACAAAGGGUAAAAUCGUACCCCCCCGAGGGCCACCUCAUUUUGGGUGGGAUCCCGUCUUCGAGUACGAGGGCCAAACGUUUGCCGAGAUGGACGGUGCACAG